AGCCUGAACAAGGCUAUAGCCUAUAGGGAAUGGGUUCUUCAUGGCAAAUUUUCUUUGUUUCUCUGCUGCUUACCCACCUCCUUACCCUCUCUGUAGCACAGGAAACUCCCCUGUACCACAUUUGCUCAAAUGACAUAGGUAAUUUCACCACUAACAGCACUUACCAGACAAACCUCGAUCGUCUUCCUCCCUUCUUCACCUCUAACUCAAAAAACAAUUAUGGGUUCUAUAAUGUUUCUAUUGGCCAAAAUUCAGACAAAGUUAACUCAAUCGCCCUCUGCAGAGGGGAUGUUCAGCCUAAUGUUUGCCUUAGCUGCAUCAACAAUGCCACCGUGGAGCUAAGAAACCGAUGUCCCAACCAGAAGGAAGCAGUUUUAUGGUAUGACAAUUGCAUGUUCCGAUACUCAAAUCGUUCUAUCUACGGCGAGGGAAGUGGUGCUGCCAUUUAUAUGUGGAAUCCGUACAACACCACGAAUGCCAGUGCUUUCAAUGACGCCCUUGGUACCCUGUUGGAUAGCCCGAAGACGAGAGCAGCGUCAGGCGAUUCUCGUCCCAAGUUUGCAACGGGGACAUCCGCGGUUCUGCCAUUCAAAACAAUUUAUGCACUUGCACAAUGCACUCCUGACUUGUCCCAGCUGCAGUGCACCUCUUGUUUGGAUGAUUCUAUUACACAAAUUCCGAUUUGUUGUAAUGGAAAACGAGGAGGCAGAGUGGUUGGACGAAGCUGCAAUUUAAGAUUUAAGAUCUAUUUAGGGAUGACAACGGGUUCCCACAGGGCGGAAACCCCCUCCCCAUCCCCAUCUUCACCAAUGACAAGUAUGGAGAUCCCCACGGCGAUUUUGAUGGAAAAUCAAAAAUAACCUUCGUCUCCAUACUUGUGGAGAAUGAUAUGUUCCGUGAGUAUUCGGAAUCCCCACCAAAUAAAACUCUCACAUGCUCUACUUCUUUUUAAUCAAAAUUUUCGUCGCUUGCUAAUCAAAAUUAAGUUCAACA